UUUUUAAGAGUUUAUUUCAUUGUGUUUUAUUUAUUUAUGUCGGCCAAAGUCUGGCUCGUGUGUCUGGAAUCCUUUUAAAGGCGACGCGUCGCUGUCUGCCGCUGCAGAGCACAUCAGAUGGGGAGAACAUUUUCCUAAAGAUGGUCCCCAGACUUAAGGACCUGCACAAACUGGCAGGACCCACUGCCGCCAGCUCGGACCGAGACUGUUCUUCUGAAGGCUGCAGUGUCAACUAAAGCGAUGCAGUCCCUGCCCAUGGAAGUGGGAAGCAGCAGUAGCUCUGCUCCCAGCGACACAUCUGGCCCGGCGGUGCAGGUGUGCUUCCCCGGCGCUCAGGCCUCGGUGCUGGACAGCCUCAACCGGCAGAGGGAAGAUGGCCGGCUAUGCGAUCUCUCCAUCCACGUCCAGGGACAAGUGUUCAAGGCCCACCGCUGCGUCCUCGCCGCCUCCUCACCCUACUUCCAUGACCAGGUACUACUGAAGAACAUGUCCACAGUCUCCAUCCCGGCGGUAAUGGACCCGCUGGCCUUCGAGAGCGUGCUGAGCUGCGCCUACACCGGCCAGCUCCGGAUGCUGCGCGAGGACAUCGUCAACUACCUCACGGUGGGCAGCGUCCUGCAGAUGUGGCACAUCGUGGACAAAUGCACCGAGCUGCUGAGGGAGGGCCGGGCUGCAGCGGGAGGAGGGAGCAGUGGAGGAGGCGGUGGUGGUGGCGGCGGCGGCGACAGCGUCCAAGAUGGUGCCAGUGUUGGAAGAAGUGGAGGCUCAGCUAACCUCGGAUGCAGCAGCAGCAAUGUUGACGGUGCGGCAGGCGGUGUUAACGGAGCUGGAAGUGAUGGUGAUGGGGGUGUCGGAGGUGGUCAAUCCCAGGUGGUGGGGUCCGACGAGCCCCAGUGCGCCCCCCAACCCCCCAGCCGCCCCUCGGUGAGCGAGAGCCAGUCUCCCAGCAGCACCAACUACUUCAGCCCCAGGGACGGGAGCGGCUUUGGAGGAAGCGGUGCGGCCGCGGCGGGGGCUUCAGUAGACGGGGGCGGGGCUAGCAACACCCCCAGCUACUGCACCCCAUCAGGAGGGGAGGAAGCCUUCCUCAUUGAGGAAGAGGAGGAGGAAGUAGAGGAGGAAGAGGAGGAGGUGCUGUACCACCAGAGGAAGAGAGGAAGAGGAGGAGGGAGCGGGAGGAGGAAGAAAAUGAGCUCAGUGUCAGAGCAGGAAGUCGGGGUCAGCGACAGCUUUGGCGUGUCUUCCUAUCAGGACGGGGAGGACUCAGCGUUGCCGCUGCUGAAGCGUCCCACCUACAGCCAGCCCAGCAUCAUGCCGCGUAAACAGUGGGUGGUGGUGAAAACCGAACGCAUGGAGGACGACGACCUCAUCGUCGUGUCCGGGGACGAGGGAGGAGAAGACGAGGAGGACGAGGAUGAGAGGGAGAUGGAGCUGGCCAGAGAGAGGGAGAGAAGCGACUUCAACAUCUCCAACGUUAGGAGCCUCUCAGGCGAUCUGGGGGGCAGAGCUGAGAGCGACAUGGACUCACAGGUGGACUACUGCCAUUCUUCAGAAGACUACCUCAAGUUUGAAGGCAGUCUAAUGGACCAGACUUUAGCCCAGCACCUUCAUGACAGUGCAGCAGGUCAGAGCCAGAGUGCUAACCGGGCUGUUUCAGCGCUGCUGGGCCAGGUCCAGUCUGCAGCCUCUGCCCGGGCCCAGCUCUUCCCCCUGGACAUGCAGGGGAACCAGAUCCUCCUCUACAGCCAGGCAUCCGGACUCUCUCUAGACAACAACUCCCCUUCCCUGGGGAUGGCAGGCGCCAUGAUGGGAGGGGCCUCUUUCAAAGGUCCCAGUCUGGAGCACGGUGCGGUCCACCUGUCGGUCCAGGGCGGCAUGGGAGCUGACGGCAUGGACGGUGGGGGGGUUGGAGGUGGGAGUGGGGGCGGCAACGGCAUUGGGGGUUCUGGGAAAGUGUUCAUGUGCCACUGUGGGAAGACCUUUACCCACAAGAGCAUGAGGGACCGCCACAUUAACAUGCAUCUAGACCUGAGGCCUUUCCACUGCCCCGUCUGCGCCAAGAAGUUCAAGAUGAAGCAUCACCUCACAGAGCACAUGAAGACGCACACGGGCCUCAAGCCGUACGACUGCCUAGGCUGCGGCAAGAAGUUCAUGUGGCGCGACAGCUUCAUGAGGCACCGCUCGCACUGUGAGAGGCGCAGCGGGCUGGGAGAGAGCGGAGAAGGCGGGAGCAGCGGCGAGGGAGGGAGAAGAGGAGGAGGUGAGGAUGGGCCUGAUUUGAUCUCCUCGCCUCACCUCCUCCUGUCUGCAGGUGAGGGAGGACAGGGCAGUAUUAUGGGCGGAGGAGCGAGAGGAGGAGUGUCAGUUUCUUCUCCACACCUUUCCGGCGCCGUUAUGUCGCCGCAACACGCCGGCGUCUCAGCCACGGGAAGUAGCAGCAGCAGUAACAGUGUGAUUAACAGCAGCAGCGUUGCUAUGAGCAACAGCAUGGCUGCCGCAGGGGCGCUUCUAGGGGUCGUCUCCCAGAGUCCCGGUCAGGGAUCUGGGAUGUUUUCUGGUCUAGGUUUAGGUCGAAGUGUGUGUGAGGAAGACGUGUGUGAAGUCAAUGCCAAUGAUAGUAGCGUGACUUAAACCAGACGUGUGUGUUAUGUCCAACGGGUGCCUCUGUCUCAGCAAACAGUCGUGUUUCUCGUGCUGCUGUUUUUACAAUAAAUUAAACUUGGAAGAAGCUCUUCUGAAACACUUGUAACUGCCAACACUCAGAAUUUCAAGCAGGAAGUGCGUACUUUGUCAAGAGUGGGGGGGGGGAAGGCAAAGCUCCCGUUGGAUACGCACGCUGAAGAAGUGUUCAAUAGAAAAAAGGGUUCUUAAAGUCGUGAGGUCAUGCUGAUGCCAUCUCCAAUUAUCCAUAAAUGUUUUGGAAACUUGCCUCCGAAAAGUGGCCUCAUUGAAAAACAUUGACCUUUGGUCUCAGUGAGUAAGCUAUCGUUUUACAGUAUCCGAGAUGUUAUAGUUGAGGUUCUAGUUUUUGGUUUUGUGGGAGACUUAUAUGCGUGUUGAGAGGAAACCCAAAACCAAGAGACAGCGCUUCACCAACUGUUGCUUUCUGUGACAACAUUAUAGUAUCAGUGGAGUAAAAAAAAAAAUGGCUGUUCUAAAUUGCUGUGAUUUUCUGCAGUAUUGAAUUGUAAUGUAUCACUGUCAUGUGAUUAUAAAAACACAAAUCUGCAAGAGAAAAUGUACUCAACACAUAAUUCAUAGUCCAAUUUAAGAUGAAUCUGAAGUUGCAGAUUUGCGUUUCUCUUUCUUCCUUACAGAGGCCAGCUGUAGUGAAACUUUUCCUCAGUGUCCCGCAUAACAGACGCACUUUCAGCACUGCCAUGUUGGUUUUAGACGGUACUACGGUGCCUGAAGCCCGAGCUGGAUUAUUACAGUAAAGGCACAAUCAUUUAUCCUCAUC